AUGUCCCCUGGCAGUAAGCGUAAUUUCACUUGCUCCUGGGAGCGCUGUGGCAAGUCUUUCCAUCGCAAGUCAGAUCUCUGCCAGCAUUAUCGGAUACACACCAAUGAGCGGCCCUACCAUUGCAAAGUGAAAGGUUGCAACAAAAGCUUUAUUCAGCGCAGCGCUUUGACUGUACACUCCAGGAUUCAUACGGGCGAAAAACCAUACGUCUGCGACCAUGAGGGGUGCCAGAAAGCCUUCUCAGAUUCCUCUAGUCUAGCCCGCCAUCGAAGAAUCCACGCUGAGAAACGACUGUGCGUCUGCCAAGAAGAAACCUGCGGACUAAGUUUCUCUCACAAAGCUGUCCUCACGAAACGCCAACGCGGCUUCCAGUCUCCAGGAUGUUUCAUUCAACCACCGUCAAAAGACUCGACGUUGGAACGUUACAAUCAACACGAGACUUCUGCAGCCGUGUCAAUUCGUAAUACGCAAGACCAGAACUCCUUCGCACUGCAGCCCUUCUACCCACAAUCAGCGUCGCCCAGCCACGAGCUCUGCUCCAUACAUGGCGUUUCGAUGGGCUCAGUGCACGUGCAUGAGGGUUCUCCUGCAAGUGUAGCACAGAGUGUGCCCUUAUUUUCGGCGACGAACCUGCAGUAUGUCUGGCAGCUUGUCCCUCCGCCACACCACGAGAUGCCCGCAGCCAUGUCAAUCCCCAAUGCGCAAGACCAAAACUCCAUCGCACUGGAGGCCUUCUACCCACAAUCGGCGUCGCCCAGCCACGAGCUCUGCUCCAUACAUGGCGUUUCGAUGGGCUCAGUGCACGUGCACGAGGGUUCUCCUGCAAGCGUAGCACAGAGUGUGCCCUUAUUUUCGGCGACGAACCUGCAGUAUGUCUGGCAGCUUGUCCCUCCGCAACACUACGCCACUCAGCAGUACCAUAACACCCACGAUUUUUGCAGAAGAGUCUCCGAACUCGGACCGGAAUGCUUAUUGCUGUAA